GGGGUUGUUUAUAUUCGACGAAUCCGUGUGGCGUAAACAGUGCUGGACCGCCAGCUGGAAUGCAUCGGUUUUAAAUAAUCCUAAAAUAUUUCCAGCAUUUCCCGAAUUAGUUUCCCAUGAAAGAAGUGUAAUUUCACCACGGGAAGCUCCAGACAUGCAAACGUCUAUCCAAGAUUUGCCAGAAGAGAUGCUGGUCAAAAUUACUUCCUAUUUAGACCUGGAGGAUCGUAAAUCGGUCAGUCGUGUUUGCCUCUGGUGGUCUAAACUGGCGUUCCGCCAAUCAAACGUCCAACUAGAAAUCGAUGUUCGCAAAUCGAGACGGGAUUGUAACUGUAGUUCUAAAUGUGGUUGUAAUUUGGAUCGUACCUAUCUACGGGUGCUGAUGGCUAGCCAAAGGCACUACAAACACCUGCUGUUCUAUUUCGGGACCAGACAAAACAAAACUGAUUUGAUGCUAACCAUACUGAGCAAGUUUGCAAAAUCGCUCGAAACUCUGAAGCUGAUAUCGGACUGCUCCGUUUCGGUGCGGUUGGAUUUUCUCCGACGAAUUGUAGACUAUUGCCAGAAUCUUAAAACGCUUCACCUGCAGUCCAUUCUAUUCUACGAUAAUGAGGGUGAGGCGAUACGAUUCGGUGUACUGCCCAAACUAGAACGCCUAUACUUGAGAAGCAAUCUUCUGGAGUUAACUCAAGUUGAUGUUAAAACAAUCACACCAAAUAUUACCUCUUUGUUCAUGCGAGUCAGUUAUGUCUCGAAGCGACCGGUAGAUUUUGUCACUUACUUUGCUUCACGCUUGACGCAAUUGGAUGUUUGUUUCUUAACCGCGGACUAUUUUCAACCAUUUUCCAAAUUGCAUUUUCCACGGCUGGAAAAGUUUAGCUUGUCGUCUGCUGAUUCGCUAGUUGAAGAAGAUGAAUAUCUGGAGGAGUAUGUUGAUUUCGUCCAACGACUAGGCAAGCUCAAGGAAAUCAAACUGCAGUAUAAAAUUAGCACGGCCGUACUUGGAAAUUUGGUUCAGUUUUGUGAAAAUCUAGUAGUUCUUAGUCUGUACACCGAAGAUUUAACCGAUGAGCACUUCUUGGGCCUUGCUGAGCUGAAAUGUUUAAAGACCUUACGACUUAUGAAAGCAACUAUCGUUAUUAGACAGCCGGAGUUGUGUCCUGUGUUACCCAACGUUCAACAGCUAACGGUGGACGGAGCCACGAUCGAAAAUUGCCACACGUUCAAUGGCUUCCUGAGACAUUCAUUUCCAGCCCUAGUUUCCCUCCAGCUGUUUCGACUCUGCAACAAGCAAGAGAAUGAACGCUGCUCAACACUCUCGUUUUACAAAAUUAUUUUGGGGAAUUUGACUGCUCUAGAACGAUUAGCGUUGGAUGAACAUGGUAAACUAUUGAGCUGGUACCUGUUAGCCACAUUCACCGCACUAACGCGACUCCGAGAGUUACGACUCAGAUUCAAGGCUAUGACCGACCGCCCUUUGAUGUCUGGCCAGCUGCGUCGUGUUGCCAACACAAUUCCUGUUAACACUCUGAUCCUGAGCUUUAUUAAGAUCAAAAAUAGAGAGAUACGAAAGCUGGUUUAUAUGUUUCCGAAUGUGAGACUGAUAGAAGCUGUGGGCUGCUCUCCGGUGGGCUUACAAUCUGUGCGAAAUAUACUACCCAAUUGUGUGGUCCGCCAAAAGCAUAAACUGCGGAUGGAUGAGUAUAAAAAGGACUGAUGAUUAUUUUCUUGCUGCAGCCAUCGCAGACGAAUCUUCCGUAAUUUUAACCAACUCCUUGUCAGUCCUACGAGGCAUUACAUCAGGAACUUCAAUUCAUCCAUUCGUACAGGCCAUCGAGUCCCACCAAGACCCACUGAUCACACUGUGGAUCCCUGGCCACAGCGGCAUCAGAGGGAACAUAGAUGCCGACCGGAUACACAACAGAGGUGCCAGAGGUCCGACAAUUAGAAGAAAUACCAUCAUCGACAUAUACAGAGAAUUCAACAUAAACCAGCAGAACGGAUUCACUAACCACUGGCGGUGAUCCCGAGGCCCCACACAGAAGGUAAAGGGAUCUGCCAACUUCUGGAUCGACCGAGCCAGUUUGAAAGAACAACGAAUGCUCUCCCGACACCGGGUUCAACACACGAGAAUUACACCCACACCAUCUCUAGGGAACUAACAACGUAAUGUACCACAUGCAACACUCGACUCUCUGUUGAACACCUUCUAUGCAACUGCCGGGAACUCGAGGACCUCCGGACACAGCAUGAUCUGACCAAUUCAGUCUGAGACGUGCUGUCCGACGACCCGGUCAGGGAGGAAGCACUUUUUCUAUUUUUAAAGGAGGCCCGCCUAUACGACCGCAUCUGAAUCAACCAGACCAUACGUGGACCCUCUGCCAUACCUUCGUCGGCUGAUGUAGACCUUCACUAGCGGAACGCAACCGACUGUGGGCCCUGCAGCUAACCGGGUUUUUGUUUUGUUCUUUUUACUCGUAGUUAAUACUUUUAUGCAAAC